AUGGCGGCUGCCCAUCACCUUGGGCUACCGCUCCGGCUCAUCUCGCCAAGCCUCACUAGGCCGUCGUCCAUCGGCACCUCGACGAGAUCACUCCAAGCCUGCUGCCUCCGUCGCCUACCCGUCUCGGCCGUCCGGCAUAAGUCGGGUCCGUACGGCUACACCCAGGCCAAGGCCCUCGUGUACUCGAAGAAUGGAGAACCCUGCGACGUCCUGAACCUUCACACUCACUCAUUAUCCCCAUCGCUGCCGUCCUCCUCCGUCCUCGUUCGCUCCCUUGCCGCCCCCAUCAACCCGGCCGACAUCAACACGAUACAGGGCACCUACGGCUCCCGACAACCCCUGACCUCCCUGCUCGGCACCCCGGAGCCGUCGGCGGUGCCCGGGAACGAGGGUGUGUUCGAGGUCCUCGCCGUCGGCGACCCUUCCUCGAGCCUCAAAAAGGGCGACUGGGUGAUUCCUGCAGCCUCCCAGAUCGGCACCUGGAGGACUCAUGCCGUCUUCGCCGUCGACGACCUUCUCAAGGUCGACAAGGCAGGCUUGACCCCCACCCAGGUCGCCCUCGUCAGCGUCAACCCCUGCACCGCCUACCGCAUCCUGCGAUCGUACGGGCCGAGCGCCGGCAUCAAGGCCGGUCUCGGCAUGCGCCCUCUCGACCUUGGAUCUGGCCAGUGGUUCAUCCAAAACGGCGCAAACUCGGGUGUCGGCCGCGCCGCCAUCCAGUUUGGAAAGCUCUGGGGUCUUCGGAGCAUCAACGUCAUCCGCGACAGGGAUACGGCCGAGGAAACGGAUGCUCUGAGGAGAGAGCUCCUCGAGCUCGGCGCCGAUGUCGUCGUCACCGAGUCGCACUUUCUUUCUCGUGCUUGGAGGGACCAGCUCGACGAGAUCACCCGACACGGCCGCGAGACCAUCGGCCUCGGCCUCAACUGCGUCGGCGGCAAAUCAGCCACCUCGCUCGCUCGUUCCCUCGCCGACGGGGCCACCCUCGUCUCCUACGGCGGCAUGUCUAGACAGCCUCUCGUGCUUCCCCUGGGUCAGCUCAUCUUUAAAGAUAUUCGAUUCGUCGGUUUCUGGCUCUCCAGAUGGAACCAGCAAGACGUCGUCGGACGCAAGCACAUGGUGGCCGACAUCCUGAACCUCACCCGGGACGCCAAGUUUCGCGACGUGCCCGUCGAGAACGUCAGGUGGGACUGGGAUACCGAGGCGGCGACCCUGCGUGACGCCGUGCGCCGGGGCCUCGACGGAUUCAGGAAAGGAAAGGGUGUCUUUGUAUUUGGCGAUACCUGA